AUGGACGCAACCAUGAUGACGGCCCAGGCAAUGGGACAAGCUCCCUUCCUAUACUACCGCCCCGAACAGAAGCUCGACACCUCGAGGCACCGCGGUCACUUUUCUCAGCAGCCCAACAUCUCCCAGCACAUGGCCAUGUACCCCAUGGUUCCCACCCUGCCUUCAACGCCCAUCUACUCGCGUCCCAACUCGUCCUGCUCCCAGCCCAUGGGUCCCACGCUGUACAGUAACGGACCCGCGAACAUGACGCCUAUGGCUUCUCCUCAACCCAUGAGCCAUAAGCCCGCCAUCAUGCUCGAGACGGAGAUCUACAACGAGAGCCUCUACUUCCCUUCGACGCCGCCGCUGUCGACGUGUGGCAGCACCAUCAGCAGCCCCAACGCUAGUUACGAUCUCCUCCAGACACCGAUGAACCCUAUGUUCUCCGGUCUGGAUGGCCUCGACGGUAUGGAUGGCUUCAAGGAGACGCUGGAAGUGCCUGAGAACCAAGCCGUAGACUGGAGCAGCUGCGGGUCACCCCCGAUGACACCUGUCUACCUCCAAAACCAAGCAGCCCAGGUCCCCUCGCUUAACACCAACACAAGCGACCUCCUGUCCACCGCAUCUUGCCCUUCGCUUUCUCCCUCACCCUCACCGUACGCCAGGUCUGUCGCCUCCGAACAGGAUCUUGACUUUUGCGACCCUCGCAAUCUUACUGUCGCUGCUGCACCCAACACCUCCAACCCGACCUUGGCGCCCGAGUACUCUGCAUUUACCCUCGGUGAUGAGCUCAGGAGUGAAGUUUCUGCCAAGACCCCUACCUCGGCCCCUUCUCAACCGACUUUUGACUUCAACCCUGCCAUUCCUCACGGCCUGCCCGCAUUUGAGGACCUGAGUGACUUGGAGUCCGAGGACGACUUUGUCAACGGUCUCGUCAAUCUCGGCGACGCCCAUUCUGCUGAGGUCCGCCGCCCUCGCGCCUGCACCGGCUCCAGCGUCGUCUCCCUCGGCCACGCCAGCUUUAUCGGCGAGGAGUUCAACUUUGACGAGGCUGAAUUUUCCGCGCCCGCCUGCCUUCCCAGCCCUUCUUCCUCCUGCUCGGACAACGACUGCCACCAGGUCAAGCGUCGCAAAGUCGUCAAGGAGACGAACGAGCCUGCGCCCAGCAUGAACGCAGCCUCUGAAUCUUCCCAGGCUGCCAGCAGCGAGCAGCGCUCCAACAGCCAGGCCCCCGCUUCCGAGGCCAACAGCUCCUCCGACUCUGAGUCCAACUCUGCGCCUCUCCCGGCUCCCGUGAACCGCCGCGGCCGUAAGCAAUCUCUCACCGAGGACCCCUCCAAGACUUUUGUCUGCGAGCUUUGCAAUCGCCGUUUCCGCCGCCAGGAGCACCUGAAGCGUCACUACCGCUCCCUCCACACCGGCGAGAAGCCUUUCGAGUGCCACGAGUGCGGCAAGAAGUUCUCCCGCAGUGACAAUCUAUCUCAGCAUGCCAGAACCCACGGCAGUGGCGCCAUCGUCAUGGAGCUCGACGACUCAGCCGUCCACUCCUUUGACCACAGCAUGAUGGGUCACCCCGAAGACUAUCACACUCUUGGCAAGGUUCUCUUCCAGGUUGCCUCUGAGAUUCCCGGAAGCGCCAGCGAGCUCUCCUCGGAAGAUGAGAACAGCAAGAAGAAGCGCAAGCGCUCCGACUGA